AUGGACUUGGCAUGCAUUCUUCGGUACUCUCGGAUCAAAAUCUACGACACAUGGACUUGGCAUGCAUUCUUUGGCACUCCCAGAUCAAACAAUGAUAUCAACGUUCUUUGGUCUUCUCCUAUGUUCGAUGAUGUUGUGAAUGGAUGGGCACUAGAAUUUCAGUACAAGGUAAAUGGUAAUAGGUAUGAGCUAGGUUACUACCUAAUUGAUGGUAUUUAUCCUAGUUGGUCUACCUUUAUCAAAAGUUUUUCUCAUCCCGAUAGUGCAAAGAAGAAAUUAUUUUCGCAGAGGCAAAAGUCUUACAGGAAAGAUGUGGAGAGAACGUUCGGGACUCGAUGGGCCAUUGUUAGAGGGCCUGCACAAUUUUGGCAAACCAAAGACCUCCAUUCAAUCAUAAUGACGUGCAUAAUUUUGCACAAUAUGAUUGUGGAAGAUGAGUACAGCAAAAUUGAAGAAGAUUCAGACGAAGAUGUGGAUGAUGACCAACCAACACAUGCGAGAGCUAUUGUAAGAGAUGUUGAAUAUCUCGCUCCAACCACAUAUGAGACCCAACAGGAUAGGGUCACCCUGAGUGAGUAUAUGAGACCUUUAAAUCGAAUUCAAGCUCCUCAAGGUCAUGACACACUCUGCAAGGAUUUGGUUGAGCAUGUAUGGCACCGAGAAGGUGAACAUUGA